UCGGAGAACUAAUUCGAAAUUAGGUAAACUAGUAGGCGUCUGAAUAAGCAUUCAAACAUUUUUAAAGGCUUUGGUUCACACUUACAACUCACUCAAAGUGAGAAUUUCUCUUCCGAUAGUAGUACAAUCCUAUCUGAAAACUCCUGUAAAAAUGUCGUCCUACAUUUCGCGUCUACUUAAGGCUCAGUCCGCAUCCAAGCGUCUUAUUUCGAAUUUAACACAGCGCGACGGAAAGCUAAGCUCUUUGCUUCGGCGACUAGGAUUGCAGCGGCUGGGAGAAGCAGCUGCUGCUCCUGGACAGCGUCCUAUAUCGACAACUCAGGUGCAAAAAUCGGCACUUAUUGAGGACGAACAACUGGUCACCGGUAUUCAAAAGCGCGAAAUGCUGCUGGCUAAGCAGGGCUGCGAGGACCCUUGGGGUUUCUCCAAGGUAAUAAGGCGCGGAUCAGGAAGGGAGAAUGAUCCCACAGUCGUGCCAUCGGCGUUCGAUGCUCGCAUCGUAGGCUGUCUGUGCCUGGACGACCGUUUGCCCAAGUGGAUGUGGAUUGAGAAGGACGAGGGACCCAAACGGUGCGAGUGCGGCCACUUUUUCGUCUUAAAGAACGUCCCACCCGUCUAGAUCGAUGUCACAGAGCGCUGUACUUAACACAAACACACCUGGCAUGAUCCUCACCUAGUAUUAAACAUUGCAUGAUAUUAUCAAAACAAAA